AUGUUAGCAUUCGUUAGUAUAUGUUUGGCGGUGGCAGUAGUAGCAGUUCCGGUUCCCGAUCCUGAGCUGCUACCACCACGUCUGCUCGUUAUCCCUGCGCCGGCGCCGCUGCGGACUAGCCAGUUCAUACCGCUUUCUGCGGAUCUACCUGCGCCAGCCAUUAAAGAAGCUAAGCUUAGCCCUUCUGAGGAACCAGAUGAAGACCCGGCUGAAGAAGCCGUUGAAAAUCUUCCUAGGUCCGAAGAGGCCCCUGAAGAAGAGCAUCGAGAAGAACCAAAACCCGCUCUGCCAGCUGCCCCCGCUGCCCCGGCAUUCAAGCCUGAAGAACUGAAACCUAUUAUGAUCAAGCUUGAAGAUCCUGCGCCUCCAACUACAUCUAGUGGAAUACUGAGCCUAAUUCCAUUUCAAAUACCAAACUUAUCGUCCCUAGGGUCAUUUAUACCUACGAUAUCUCGGCCGUCGUGGCUAACCCUCCCGUCAUGGCCUUCCUGGUUACCCAGUCUCCCAGGUGCCAGCGGUUCACAAAGAUACAUAUCCCUCAGAUACCCCACUUAUGUAUAUGCUGAAAAAUAAGGUAUUUACAUUAAUGUUAU